AAAGGAAGGCGCCAAAAUGGACGAGGACGUACAGCAGCGGAUCACUUAUCUACUGCAGGAGAUCGACGCCAACAUCUGCGCGGCACACCGCUCGGCCACGCAGAUCUGCGGUACUGUGCGUCGACAUCACCAGAUCUUACGGCAGAUUCACGAGGCUUCGCGCGUGUGGCGGCCACUUUUCGAUUCGUUUACGCAGCAACCAGCGGCACGGCGAGCCACGCGCACGCCGUCGCGGUUCUCCAGGCCGUUCACGCCUGGAUCCACUAGAGCUGCAACAGCGACGCAACGACAACAACAAGAUCUUGAGCGCGAGGAUGAUGAAGACCUAGAGGAUGACACGUCUUUCAUGAGCAGGGAGGAGACGUUCAAGACCACGACGCUCAAGAAGCAUCAACCGCCAUCCAGCGACCACCGCAACACCUCAGCUGACAGCCUUGACGUUAGUACUAAUAGUGACAACCUACCAAGGAUGUCUAGAACGCCUUAUAUGUCCAAGUCAGCAGUACAAUCGGGCGCCAUGACGCAGGAAUCGACGUCUACGCUGAGCUCAACUGGUCGCGGACGCUGGUCGCCCAGAAUGACAUCGCCGCCUCGCACGGGCAUCAUCUCGGGAGACCAACCGGAGACAGCACACGCUGGACCACGACAGAUCUCGACGCCCCCAUCGGCAAUUAGCAGUGUGGAAUACAGCAGCAACAGCCCUGGUAUCAGCAGAAAUUUAAUGAAGAUAGGUGCAUUUGAAUACACUCCACCGCGUGACAAGAAGUCCAGAUCUGGCGGUAAGGAGAAGGAAGCUGACGAGACGAAUGACUCCAUUGAGACACCGUACGUUCCGGAGUUUAGCACAGUUCGGUUAUCGACUGCGAUGGAGAAGGGGUUAGUUACUACUGCGGACGAUGUUUCAAGCUCAACGAGGACAUCAGAAAGUGCUUCCAAUAGGAAGCGAAAGCGGUCAGAUGCUGCGGAUAACAGACGAACCCCAGUGUACCCGAAGACUAUCUACCCUGCCAAAGCUACAUCUCCAUUCAAGUCUCCUAGCUUACGUCGGAAAUACAGCAGUAGAAGCAACGCGGCGUCACCGAGUCAUCGAGGAACACCAGCGGCGACAACCCCACCACGACAACGGAACGAGGUAGUGAUAGAUGAUGACACGCCAAGGACUCCAGACUUCGAUUUAGCGUCUCCACUGUUACGUACGCAGCUGAAGGCGAUGACACCAAACACUCCACUAUCGAACCGUCUCGUCGGUGCCAGCCUGGACGUCGGCAGUGUGUCCCAAGAGGCUCGGUUGCUGGACUAUGACGACUCUUUCACCGCCGGAGAACCUACACCGAAAUUCGAGCUCUCGCUACUUCCUGCAGUAUUUCAGCGAGGCGUUGGUGCCGUGCAGGUUUCGACAUUGUACAGUAAAUUUCAAGGGGCAGACAACGACAAACCCGCAAUUAGUGUCGAUCAGCUUGCGGAAAUGUUGCCCGACUAUGGGAAGGAGAAGAUUGAGAUCCUGCUGGAUACGCUAGUCUCGCGACGGCUCUUGCGACCAUUUGUCGUCGAAGGUACCAUGUUCUGGCAGAAGCCCCUAUAAGUUUUGAAUCAUAGAAGUUAGGCGAUAAGGACGUCCGUUUCUUCAUUCAAAUAACGGAUACAAUCGAACAGCACGAUCCUUAUCAACGUUUCUUGCGAAAUCUUUCAUACGCUGCUACCAAAACGGACAAGGAUAUGCUGCCUUCUGGGGCUCACCAUGUGCGGGGGAGAGGGUCAUGUAAUGCGGGUCGGUUAGUAACUAAGUGUUCAGUUG